AUGUCUAAAACCUGUUAUCCUGAACCUAUUACAGUUCCAUAACAAAAGAUUUAGAUAUAAAACAUGUUCAAAAAAAAAUUUAGUCAGCACACAAUCGGAUAAAAAAUUAAUGAUUUCUUAUACAAAACAAGAGAAUCCUUUAAAGAUUUCUAAGCUUAUAUUUCGCAUUAUUAAAAUCUCAAAUAGCAUCAUCGAUUAUAUAAGUAAAGAACUGCAACCUACUUUUAACAAUGA